GUUAUCUCGUGUUUCUGCACGAUAACAAGAUGGCGAUUCGGCUUUUCAGCUGAUACACCCAACUCCGAUCGAAAAAGAUUAUCUGAGAUCUUAGGCAAGGCGAAUGGAAAGAUAAACGAAGCGGUCUCAGGACCUGUUUUCUUCGUCUUGGAACCAACCGGUUGGAAGAAUCGAGUGUCAAUUGCAAAUCCUCGAGUUCGUGUGAAUGGACGGGGCUGAAAGUGCAACAUAGAGCAAAGGGCAAAUGUUGGGAACCAGACUAAGGUCGUGGAUGGAAACGCACAUCGUGCGAGCACGAAAAAAGCAAAACAGGUCCAAAGGAAAGGGCAAGAAUCCUCAAGACUCGCCCUCGACAAGUCCCCGGCUCAGUUAUGAACAAUCGAGUCGAAAAGAGAGCCAAAUCUCAAAGGAGUCCUCACAAUACAGUGUGGACAAGACUCCGAUGACUGAUGACCAGAAGGAGAAAGGAAACGCUGUGACAAACCUUUCUUCUCCCGAGUCGGCGUAUUCGACCGGCUACUCGACUGACGGAACUUCGCCGGGGGCAUCCAUUCCUCCGGAGUACUACAUCAACCUGAGGACAGGGAAGCACUACGUCCAAGCAAAUACGGGGAACACAGGGACAAGCGAGGCCGUGCAGUGCAGCACCGCCCAAACGAGCAGCCCCAAACAGGGGGCCGUCCUAACGCCCGCCUCCGCUCGCCGCAGGCGAGAGGAACUCCUCAAGAGGAAGGUGAAACCAGCGGACAAUCUGCCAGAAUCUUCCACUGAAGAAGACAUCGCUGACAGACAUGCAAAAUCAACUCCUAGUCACAAAGUUAUCACGCCCAAGUCGCAGAGAAAAAAUUCCCAGCUCGUCCAGAAUGUCUCCCACAGGAGAACUGAAUCUUUCGACGGUGGUCAGAGAUUCAACCUGGUCACGGAAAGAGACUCGGAGGGCUCCUCGUCGACCCACACGGCCGGCUCAAUCCACUGCGUCUCCCCGUUCCUAUCCUCGGCGUCCCCCAGGCAACGGAACAGGAUUAGGACCAACCCCUGGCUCGGAACGAACAAUUUACAAAUGGACAAGGGCAAAAAUUACAACUCCCCGGGCGAGACAUCCUCGACCGUCGGCAGCAGCUCUACACUAUCGUCGAGUGGAUAUCGGGAGCGUCUGGCCAAAGAAGAACCUGGCUUGUACACGCCGACCCUUAUGGAAAGGAAAAUUGACAACAUUCGGAAUGUCAACGUGGUCAGAAGUGGCACUUAUGUAGCAAGCCCAUUGGUGAACGGUCGCAGGCCUAUUAAUACAAUGACUACUUGCUCGCCGCAGCUGAAUCGGCCUUGCAGGCACAUCCUACCGGGAACGUCGUCUUCCUCUACAUCAGCACCGAGCUCUGGAUCCGACGACAACCACCACGGAAAUUCCAGCGAUUUCUCCGACGAUGACGUGACUCUGAACGAAAUGCUCGGAAAAUACGAUGAGAGCUACGUCUACGAGAAAGAGACGGACAUCCUCAGCGACAGCGACCCGACAGACUGCGAAGAACAGCACGAUUACAACGAUAAUUCCAGUCUACAUCGAUGUGAACGACAUGAAGAACUUGAUUUUAUUGACACAGGAUCCAUUGCAGAAUUUCCUAAUUCUGAUACUGAAUUUACAGGUAAAGUGUUAAACAAAGGUCAUUGCAUGUAUGUCGGAGGUAACCAUACACCGGACAUGUGCAAGAGGCAAUGUUUGAGGAUGAGAAGACAGCGAUCCAGCGGAGAUGGAAGCGUGGCGUCUUCACAUGGAUCGAGCUUGUGCAACAGGAGGAGACGUGCCAGCUCCAGGAAGAGUGAAGAUUCUCAUCAUCCUUCAGCUGAGACUACCCCGAAACGUUACAAGAAAAGACACAAGCAUUCAUCGAGGGAAAGAAUACAUUCUGCUGAAUGCCUUCCCAGAGAGGCUCCAUUAGGAAAACCUCUAUCCCCGAACAUCAGAACGCAUGCAAUCCCUGAUUCGGAGAGGGUUAAUUAUGAACAAGGAAGACAUGUAAACUUAAAUAGAGUUUUAAUGGAAAGGAUUAUUAAUCAACGUAGCGGUACAAGAAGUGCAGAUGGAACACCUGUCUCUCUUAGAAGAAACGGUGUCCUCGAGUACAACGGAAAGUAUCUAAAAAAUCCCCAUGUUUCAAAGUUAAUUAAUUCAAAUUCUGUCGAAAAAAGAAACGGCUUUGAAGAAAAAAAUAUUCCAAAGAGAGAAUCUCCCAUGGCUAAGAAACGCUCAAACUCAAUCGCUGGUUACAAUGAUACUCCUCCUGCUCUUCCGCCGAGGAAUAAUCCAAGACUGGACAGCAAGAAUGUUGAUAAAGAAGGCGAUAUGAAAUACAGAGAGCUUAUAAGAGAAGCUGAAAAUUUAAUAGGAGACUUCAGAACUAAACCCUUCUACCACCCUGAAUACAUGUCGCCGACUUUAAGCACAAAAUCAGCAAUCGUCCCUAACACCCAACCUCAUUUCCGCUCCAGUUAUCUCCACUACCCAAACGAAUGUGACAUUAAAUCACAGAUAAACCUUUUAGAAGAAACAAUAAACAACAAUCCAGUUCCAAAAAUAGAAAACGAAGAAGGAAUUUUCAAAACUAUUUCUAAAACUCUUGAAAAAAUAAUAGUUAGAAAUACAGAUUCAAAAAAAUCCGAUAAAUCAGGUGAAAGCCUCAAAUCGAAGAAAAAACAGGCUAAUCAACAAUUUCAAAGUCAAUUGAAUAAAUCCCCUAAAAAUAUAGAAAGACAUAGCAACAUGACUGAAAUUUACCAAGAAAAUGACUAUGUCAAUAAUGCCAUAUCUCUUGAAACUACAUCCAUCGACAGGAAUGAAAAUUUGUACAAAAAUACCAUCACCUUCAGUCCGAGGCUUAGGAACCAAAACACAAGAACACACUCUAGGCAAAAUUCAAGCGGUGGGGAAAGAGAACAGUUCAAACUGUCCAAAGGCGCUGAUAUCAUCCGGAACGGCGAUCAAACAUACAGCCCCAGCCACAUGUCGCCCAAAAUACAAAAAAUGAACACGAACCCUUUUAAAUCUAGAAAUACCCUUACACUUUGGCAAGACAAUGAAAUAAUAAACAUUCAAAACAGUAAAAUUCAAGCAGACAAAACACCAACUCCAAAAACACCAUUGGUGCCCUUUAAAUCAUUUGAUCUUGGAAACCAAGUAGCUGUGGAAUCAAAAUAUUGCCCUCAGAGCGAACCUGUUAAACGAAAAGUCUAUGUGUGCAGUUCUACUUUUGACAAAUUGCAGAAAACACUCUUAAAAAAUCCUCCUGAUGACUACGAUAUAUCGAACAUGUCCACAGAUGCCAUUAGAGAUGAAAACUUGUCACUUAAAGAAAAAGUGGAACAGUUAAGAAGAGAGCGCAUCCAAGUCGAAGCAAGAGUUAGAGAGACACAAGAACAGAUAGACCGAUUGAGACUGGCCGAUAGUUCUAGUCAUUGUUAGAUGAAAAGUACCAGCCGAUGUAAAUAACUUUUAAGUGUGAAUACUAAUGUGAAUUUUGAUUUGUUAUCCUUUUACAUAUUUUGUUUUAAAUGUGCCUAAAAGUUUAUAUAUUUAUUGUUUUAUUAGUUUAAAUUGUUUAUUGCAAACACUGAUCAAAGCGAAUAAUGUGUGACCAAAUGUAUAUGAAGACUGCUUUAAACAAAACCAAGUGUGGAUGGGAUUAAAAUAAUAAUAUUAGCUUCAAUAUUUUCUACAUUUGUUAACACCAAAAAGAGUUGUAUUUAUUAAGAUAAAAUCGAGUGUGAAAUUAUAAAAGCAUAGAUCUGAUCCAUUUGGACUUCCAACAAUGAGAAAAUAUUCAAGUUCCUGAAGCAGGUGUAAAAAAUGUACAUUUGAAAUCUCAGUGUUUCUAUCUGUAUAGAGGUAAGAAUUAGUGUGAAAUAAUAAAAGAUAUUUUGAAAUAAUAAUCCUUCAACCUGUGACUUGUUAAAUCUAAAUGUCCAUUUUUGAAAAACUGGUUUUAUAAAGAAUUAUAAAAAAAAAUAUUUUAGAAAAAUGGGGAAAAUAUCACUGGUAAAUACAUGUUCAACUCAAAUAACAAAAGGUUUUUGCGAUGGCAAAAAUGUAGGUAUAUUGAUACUCCGUUCAAAAUUGGAACUAGCUUUCUGUUUUAGAAACGUAGCCAAAGAUAUAAAAAUUAAUUUAGCUGAGAGAUUAACCCUAAUGUUUUAGAUGUUAUGUUUUCAUUAGUAAUUGUUAGGCUCUGGUAUUUAGAUAAUUUGUAGUUGAUAGUACACUCGUUACUAAUGCACACGCCAAGUGUGUGACUAAACUAGUAAUAAACAUAGAAAUUAAAUUUCUUUAUUCCAUUAUGCUAUCCAUUACUUAGAAUUUACAAGUUCUACUUAUAAUAAAAAUAAAAUAACCAAAGAAAAAUAGAGGAUGUUUUAAGAGCUUAGAGAAGUAUAGACUGUAGUGUAGAUAACGAUGAAAUUGAUGUAUCCAAAGUUGUUCCAAUAGUAUCAAACAACAAACAUUUUAGUCAAAAAAGCAAAAUCAAAUUUUAAAUUUAAGUUCAAACAGUGCAAUAUGUGGAAUAUACGCUGAGUGGUCUGUGAGUUUGUAAAUUGUUAGCAGUUUGAUCGUGCCAAUUGUGGUAAUCCUUAGUCAAAUGAUUUUUUUGAAUAAAAAUGAUCAAACUGUUGGCGAUGAAAUUUUAUUCUGUACUCGAUACAUACAAUGUACCGAGGCUCAAUAAAGUCUAAUUUGUGUACAUAUUUAUGGGUUGUUAUUGGAGAAAAUUCUGUUACUAACAAAAACAGGCAACAACACUCAACCAUUAACAGCUCUUAGAUCUUUAUUAAAUGUUUGAAAUGUUGAGACUUUUUAAUAUAUUGUUUCUAUGACUGAA